CGAGAUUACUCGGCCAUCAAGCUUGUCGGCGAUGGGUCUUUCGGGACGGUGUGGCUGUGCGACUGGAAGUCUGAAAUCCCGUCCACGACCGUCUUGUCCGCCAUGCAAUGUGGUGCGGGAGCUAGACCAGAAUGGACCGGGAAGCGUUUGGUGGCGGUAAAGAGGAUGAAGCGGGUGUGGGAGGGUGGUUGGGAACAGGCGUCGAAGAUAGGAGAGCUCGUGUCACUUCGAGAGAUCCCGCAUCACCCAGCCAUCAUCCCCCUGUAUGAUGCCUUUCUUCAACCUGAUACGAAAGAGCUCUACUUUGUAUUUGAAUGCAUGGAGGGGAACCUUUACCAGUUGACAAAGUCUCGGAAAGGGAGAAAUCUAGCGGCCGGUCUGAUCGCCAGCAUCUUUCGACAAGUCGCCGAAGGUCUGCAUCACAUCCAUCAAAACGGCUACUUUCAUCGAGACUUGAAACCAGAAAACCUCCUGGUCACGACGACGGGAUUGCAGACCUACCUGCCCGUGGUCGAUCCAGAAAAUUCUCGCGCCGACCUGGCCCUUUUGAAUGUCGGUAAACAACCGCCCGAACGACCAUCACCCAAGCUGGAGAAGGACGUAACGGUCAUCGUCAAACUGGCAGAUUUCGGUCUCGCGAAAGCCCUGGAUGCGAAACCACCUUUUACGGAAUACGUUUCGACACGUUGGUACCGAGCACCCGAAGUCCUGCUUCGAUCGAAGGAAUAUUCCGCUCCCGUUGAUAUGUGGGCGCUGGGAACAAUUUUGGCUGAGCUGCUCAACCUCAAGGCGCUUUUCCCCGGCCAGAGCGAGAUCGAUCAAUGCUGGCGAAUCAAUUCGAUCUUGGGUGAUCCUAGCCCGGAUUAUGGGCACGACGAACGAGGUAUGCGAGUGGGAGGCGGUGAAUGGGUUCGAGGGUUGAAGCUGGCGAAGAAUGUAGGGUACGGAUUCCCAAAGAAUCCUCCUGUCGUUUUUGCAUCAUUGUUUUCGCCAGCUGUACCGACCACUAUGAUCGACUGCAUCAGACAGUUACUGCGGUACAAUCCCAAACACCGACUCACGUCCGGAGAAUGUCUUAAUCAUCCAUACUUCAAGCUGGUGACUCCCCAUCUGCAAGCCAAUGUGGAUCUCCCGCAGAUUCCCUUCUCCAGGGGACAACCAGGGCGAGCCGAAUUGGAUGAAAUUUUCCAGAAUAUGGAGCAACAGAGACAGCAGCGUAUACAUGACGUGUCUAGAACGUCUUCUAUCCCGCCUCGCAAUGAACCUCCUUCACACUCACACUCGCCUGUUCACGAACCUCCGAAUUUCAACGUGCGGGAUUCGGGCAGGGUACUGCCGCCACUCGCCGGCUCGCCUCAUAAUAAUCGCUCAGCAUCGACAUCGCAGACCUUGUUGCCAAACUUGUCUUCAUACAACAACGGUGCCUCGGCUUUGGUGGAAUCGUUGCGCGAGUUGGAUCUCCCAACGGCCGACUUGUCCACCUAUGGUCAUCGUUCGCUGUCGCCUGGACACGCCCCCGAAUGGAAGCAACGGCCUGCUCCCGUCCCUCACCCGUCUGGCGAUAGACAAGGACAUGGGGACCGCCGUUCAUCCGAUCUUGUGGGCUUACAGGCGAUGUCAUUGGCCGCGGGAGGUACCGCUUCGCAGUCUUCGUUUCACCACAGCACCUCUGGACUCGUGUCGUACACGCAAGAUUCACUGCCCCAGCCGCAAUACCAACGUAAUUAUCUUCCGCCUCACAUGUCGACUCCGACUGCUUUGGCGUCUGGCCUCUCGCCUCGAGGCUCUUUCGAUAGUUUGCGCGAUCAUAACUCGACCGAUUCUCUCCCCCGGCCGCACGAGGACCAUGACGCGUUCGCCAACACUACUUCUCGUCUGACCAACUUGGCAGCUACGGGCAAGAAGAAGAAGUGGGGCCUGAGUGCGGUCUUUUCGAGCUUGAACGAUUCGAAAGCGGAGCUUCCGGUACCGCCUCCGGGUAAUAUCGUCUCUUCCGGCUUCAGCUCAGCUGCAUUGAAGCGCACGCAGUCCGGGAUCACCGCAGCAGAACGAGCAGUGAUGUCCCAAGCGGACCUGGUUAGCGGGGCUGAUCCCAAAAAGGUCAAGAAGGAGAUGGAGAAGCAAGCCAAGGAGCAGGAGAAGCAACUGCAGGUCGCUCGUCGAAAGGCGAUGGAAGAUGCGCAAAAAGAGCGGGCUCGCGCGGUCAUGGCGAAGCGAAGUCAGCUCGUUGAGAAUAGGUCGAACAACAAGUCUGAAAUCGAAUGGACCACUCUCAGCACGAUCGACUCUGCCAGUAUGAAGACGAGCAAUACUAGCCAGACGAGCAUUCCUAUGCCUGACGGGUCGAAGAGCCAGAGCGCUCAAGAUCUCAUCCCGAAGCGCGAGCCGUAUAUGGGAGCGAGCAAGACCGCGGGAUCCAGAUCUCAACCGUCCAUCAGGAGCCAGCUCGAAUCGAUGUCUCAGUCUCACAUCGAUAGACGCCAGAUGGAGAUGUCCGGACCUGAUGCUUAUCGGUUCAAGGCGAGAAAGAUGGAUUUCGGCGACGAUCAUACCGGGUACAGGAACGCGAGCGUUCUCAGCGUCGGUACGAUUGAUAGCGACCCCGGUCCAACCAGAUCGCCCAGGAUCUACCAAUCAAACGACCCGCGAGCCGCCUCGGCUCAGUCGUUUGCACGCUCCACAUCUUCGUUUGCACAGUCCAACACUUCGGUCGACCGUCAAUUGGCUUCAGACUUCCGCAUGCAUGCUACCGUGCAACCUUCAGGACUGAAUCAGUCUUAUACCUCACUUCCCGGCGCUGGCUCGGGGAAUCCGUUCGGGAGCGGCAGCAAUAGUAGCCUGAGUCUGGGACGAUACGCCAGCUCGGUUUCCGUCAGCGGGCCUACGACACCGUAUAGUCAUCCUUACGGCCAUGCCGUCGCCGCCGGACACGGGAUCGGUAGAAAACAGGUGAUUCAUCACACCCACCAGCAGCUACCAUCAAUCCACGAUAUAUCCAAGGACUGGGAUGAUGGUCAGGAUGUUCACAUGGACGGGGCAAACCCGACGUACAGAGUGGUUAGUCGGGCGAAUCACCCGUCUACAAAGUUUCGAGAUUCCGAGCUGACGUUUUUUUUUGCGCUCGCUCGUAGGAACCUCCGGGCGGUCGAGACGGUUAUACAACGCUCCCGCCAUUCGCCCACAUCGCCUCUCUGGCCGACAGUCAGCCCAAGGGUCCUUGAUCGACAGGCUAUCCCGCCGCGCUCCAGCUCGCAUUCUCGCAUCAAUACACCCCAUAUAUCCUUACUCUGCAACAUCGAACAGUCAAAUCAGGCACCUUACAUUGGCACGAGGGAUUUGUCAAUAAACGUUAGACCAUCCCUUCCUCGUCUCACUCUACCGACUACAGUUUCGGAAGAUGGGUAG